AAAAAAUUAAUUUCAUUUUACAACUCGAAAUAGUUAAAAUCCUGAGCUUGUCUUCAGUUUUGCAUAAAUACAUUUAAAGUUAUUGGUUGUAUGUAAUCAAUUAUGUCAGAUUAUAUUGUUUAAGAGUGUUUAACUAUAGUAAAUUCUAUUAAAUAGAAAAUAACAAUCUACUUCAGUAUUACUAAAUAUUUUCUUAUUCAUACAAUUACCUAACCCAAGCAAUAUAAGAUGGCUGAAAAAAAACAACAGACAGUUUUGCCCGAAGAGGAAUAUUUAGAGAGUAUUGGUAAAAUUAUAGAAAGAGAUUUCUUUCCAGAUUUGGAGAAAUGGAAAGCUCAAAAAGAUUAUUUAGAUGCAGUUCAACAAAAUGAUACAAAGAAAUUAAGAGAAAUAUAUGAAAAGUAUAGUUUAAGCAAACGAUUGCUUAUUGAACAACCAGAUGCAAGCCCAGAUACAUUUGAGACACCACAACCAACUAAAGGACCAAUGAGUAAUAGAACUGUUAAUCCUACAGAUUUAGAUGAUGGAAAACCUGAUGAUCCUAAAUCAAAAGACACUGAAAUUAUUGGAUUGGACAAAUUUUUAAGCAAUACUACAAGUGAAGAUAAUCAUAGUUUUAAUGAAAUCAUUAAAGAAGCUGAAAUUCAAUAUAAAAAAAAGAAUGCGUGGUUAUUUGAAGGCGAAAAAAAAGCAUUAGAAAUGGUUGAUAAACUUGAAGUACCUUCAAUUGAAAGUCAAGCUUCUAAUACAGAGCGUGCAUUUAAUUUAGAUUCGUGGGCAUUUAAAAACAAAAACUAUAUCAUGUAUAUUCCUGAUGGAGUAACAUUAACAAAAGACGAACUUAUUAAUAUGGCAUCUAAACGACAAAAAAUUGACCAUUCUAACACGAGGCUCAAAUUAAACCCAUUUGAUGAAAGACAUAAUAAACAGCAACUAUGCAGCUUAGCACACAUGCAGACAAGACAGUUAGACGGCAAAAUUGGAGUUGAUGGCAAAGAACUAACUUCUUCUACCCCUAAAAUUAACGGUUAUGGUUUUGUUAAAACUCCAUCUCCUGCUCCUGGUGUUAAUCAAAGCCCACUGAUGACUUGGGGAGAAAUUGAAGGUACUCCAUUCCGUUUAGAUGGCAGUGACACCCCACUGACUCCUCAUAAUUCUGGCCCUAUUUUCAAAAUACCUGAACAGCCCAAACGUGAAAGAUUAGCACACGCACUUGCUGAAAAAGCUAGUGAAAGUCAUAGAAAUAAAAAAAUUAAAGCAUUGGAAACAGCCCGAAAACAGUUAUCUACACCUUCACCAUCCAAUUUAAUGAAUAGUCCAUUAGACCGAUUGAAUUCUAUGUCGCCAGCAGCUCAAAGACUUAUAUGCAACCGAAUAAGUAGUGAUAGAAGUAGAGAUGCUGCUUUAAGAGCAUCUUAUAGUCCGUCACCACAUACAACUCCAUCUGGAUCACCAUCAAUUUCUGGAUUAAAAGGCAACAUUAAAAAAUCUACACCUACCCCUCAGAAAAAAUCAUAUGAAGUACCUAAAAACCUUACUGAUAACUUAUUGAAUAUAAAUGUUUCCAAACGUUCAAGAGCAGUAGAUUUCUUUUAAAUAAUUAAAUAAUAUUUGUAUU